CGGAACCACCUCACUAUAUAAAGCGCCGCGCUUCUCGCUGGUCUUCACUCCGCUCGUAAGUCAGAUCGCCAGAGCUGCUCGUGUGUGGGUCAACACCGACUUUCUUCAUUUCCAGCACUCUGGUCUAAUGGGAAAACUCUUUGUAAAUGCGUUUUAAGGAUUCUUGCUUGGGAGAAGUACACACUGGCCCUGGCCUCGAGGCUUAUCUGAAAGGAUUCAACUUCACUGGUGAACCUCCUUGGCUGUCCGACAGCUGUUAGCACAUCUUCCGUUCAUCUGUUUCAAAUCUUGAACGAACACCAUGACCUCUGUGACUGGAUCAGACUUUGACUUCGCCUUCCUGGAGGAGGGAUUCUGUGCACGUGAUAUCGUGGAGCAGAAGAUCAACGAGUCCUCACUGUCAGAUGACAAAGAUGCCUUCUAUGUAGCCGACCUGGGUGACGUCCUGAAGAAGCACCUCCGUUGGUUGCGUGUUUUGCCCCGUGUCACACCGUUCUAUGCAGUGAAGUGCAAUGACAGCAGGGCUGUCGUCACGACCCUGGCGUCUCUGGGAGCCGGGUUCGACUGUGCGAGCAAGACCGAGAUCCAGAUCGUGCAGUCUGUGGGUGUCGAGCCAAGCAGGAUAAUCUACGCCAAUCCCUGCAAGCAGGUGUCUCAGAUCAAAUACGCCUCUGCUCAUGGAGUGCAGAUGAUGACAUUUGACAGUGAUGUGGAGCUCAUGAAGGUGGCACGAUGCCAUGACAAAGCCAAACUGGUUCUCCGUAUAGCCACAGACGACUCCAAGGCCGUGUGCAGGCUAAGUGUGAAGUUUGGCGCCACGUUAAAGAGCUGCCGGCUGUUGCUGGAGCGGGCGAAGGAGCUCGGGCUGGACGUGAUUGGAGUCAGUUUCCAUGUGGGCAGCGGCUGCACUGAUCCUGAGACGUACAGCCAGGCAAUCACAGACGCACGCUAUGUUUUUGACGUGGGGGCGGAGCUGGGAUAUAACAUGACCCUGCUUGAUAUUGGCGGAGGCUUUCCAGGCUCCGAUGACACCAAACUGAAAUUUGAAGAGAUCGCUGCUGUGAUUAACCCUGCACUUGAUAAGUAUUUCCCUGUUGACUGCGGCGUGAGGAUCAUUGCUGAACCUGGCCGCUAUUAUGUAGCAUCUGCUUACACGCUGGCGGUCAACAUCAUUGCCAAAAAGGUCAUCAUGAAGGAGCAAUCGUCCUCAGACGAAGAAGAGGAUGGGGCCAGUGACCGAACCCUGAUGUACUACGUGAACGAUGGUGUUUAUGGUUCCUUCAACUGCAUUCUGUACGAUCACGCGCAUGUCCUGCCAACUCUGCACAAGAAACCCAAGCCUGACGAGCGCAUGUACCCAUGCAGUAUUUGGGGCCCGACCUGUGAUGGGCUGGACCGCAUUGUGGAGCAGUGCAGCCUGCCUGACAUGCAGAUGGGCGAAUGGCUGCUGUUUGAGAACAUGGGUGCCUACACUGUAGCUGCUUCUUCCACUUUUAAUGGCUUCCAGAAACCAGAUAUCCAUUACAUCAUGUCCCGCACAGCCUGGCAGUGUAUGCAGCAGAUCCGUGCUCAGGGGAUUCCUCUUCCUGCUGAGGAGCUCUGCACCGGAAACGUGCCGUCCCACUGCGGACGCGAGAGCACACUGGACAUGCCAGCCAAGCCGUGCCCUACUCAAGUGCUGUGAUGCUCGUCGACGCUGACUACCAGAGCGAGAGCCAGUUCUCAUUCAGACAGCGGUUUAUCAUAGCUCUCCAGUGAUUCACACACAAACCCUGUCUGGAGGUCCACCAUUUCAAAAUAUGUGCUGUUGAAUAACAAUAGCUACAUUUGUUCUAAAUGCAGCUGUUUGCCCUCCGUUUGUAUAAGUUCUAAAUGCUCAAACCUGAAAGACGCACAGAAACGCUCACAGUCCUGUGGCCGUUAAAUUUUUUUUUCCGUUUUUUUUUUUUUUUAUUAUUUUUUUUAUACACUUGUAAAAUGAGGCCAGAUACUUGACUGGAGGAUAUGAGGAAGGUUUUAAUGUAUGUCCAGUUUUCUGUGUGUUGGAGGAAGAUUUAAAUAGAAGCUCAUGCUACGUUCUGUUGUGGAGCAUUGAGAGUGAAAAUAUUUAAUGAAAUGGCUGCUUUUUAGUCUUUGAAAAUGAGAUCUUGCCCUUCACACAGACUCAUACAGACUUCCUCCUCCUCAGUGACCAUUUCCAUUUUAUACUUGAUUAGCAAGUUAAUAUUAUUAUUAUUAUUAUUAUUAUUAUUAUUAUUGAUCUGCAAUGUAUGCCACUAAUGCAUUUGAAAUGGAUAUGAAUGAGAUGGGAUUGCAUCUGUAUUGCUUUCCUAUGGAAACUUUUUCCUUUUUAAGUUUUGUAUUUUUAUAAAAAUAAAUGUAGUUGCAAAAAAAAAA